CUUCAAGAUGAAAGUAUUGCUUACUUUGGCUAUCCUGGGGGCCGUUGGUUCUCUAUUAACUCCUGUUAUCGCUCAACCGAAACAAUAUGAAGAACGCUUGCUUGACGCGCUUAGGAAAGUACAGGAUAAACCUUUAAAGUGCCAUUUACUAGGCGAUCUUGAAAAGAAAUUAAUUGUCAAUGGCAAAAUCGUCCCAGGUGAUCCUUCAGAUGCGGAACUUCCGAGGGAACUGGUUAAGAAUAAGUAUAACGAAAAAUGUUGGACCAUUGUGGAAGACGACAAAUGCGAACUUGCCUAUAAGCUAUUUGUGUGUUUAGUGCGCGUUACUGGUGUUUAUUUCUUCUUAUGAUAUUGAUCAGUUAACUUUUUUUUGUUGUUUAACCCAUACAUUUAAAGGAGAGCAACUAAUAAAAUUAUUUGGCUUCUGCCAAAGUAACAUAUCGUCUAA